UGUGGUGGGGGGGGAAAGGACAAAAAAAAAAGCUCCAUAAAUAACAGGCUGCUGCAAUCUGCACCAGGGGCUGGGACAGGACUGGCAUUCAUUCCAACUGGUGAGGUUUAGCUGGUCAACAAAGAGAGUACCUGCCUGGAGCAAUGGAAUAAUGUCAAUUAACUCAAAGAAGUCAAGUGGUACUUUCAGCAAUUGAGUGUGGACCAUUAGUGCAGUCGUUACCACAUAGAUGCAACCAGCAGCAGCAGCAGCCAUGAGCGCUGAGGAGAAAACCAUGUCACCUGCUCACAAAAUGUCAACUCCCACUCAUAGGAGUAUAUCUUCCUCCUCGUCAUCUCAAAGAGAAACUAGACCGGAUGGUGACAGCUGGGAAAUCAUUGAAGGGUUGAAAAUUGGCCAGACCAGCAUCCAGAAACCAGAGAAACACGAAGGGUUCAUGUUGAAAAAAAGGAAGUGGCCUCUAAAAGGUUGGCAUAAGCGUUUCUUUGUGCUCGAUAAUGGAAUCCUAAAGUACUCCAAGACCCCAAAUGAUAUUCAAAAAGGCAAACUUCAUGGAAGCAUCGAUGUUGGUUUAUCAGUCAUGUCGAUAAAAAAGAAAGCUCGGCGAAUAGACCUCGACACAGAGGAACAUAUCUAUCAUCUUAAGGUCAAAUCUCAGGAUGUUUUUGACCCUUGGGUAACAAAGCUACGUCAUCACAGAUUGUACCGUCAGAACGAAAUUGUGAGAUCGCCGAGGGACGCCAGCUUUCACGUUUUCCCCACAUCACCCAAUGCAGAUUCUCCAGCAGCUUCGAGUGCAAACGUAUUAGAUGUCAAGCCCCAGCAGAACAAUUUCACAUUACAGGCCUCCAUUCCGUGCAGCACUAGUCUACCUGUUUCCUACAGCAACAGCCAAACCAAAGUGGCAGCAUGGUUACUGGACUCUGAGGAAAUGGAUAAGUGCGCCAAAGAUCUCGCUCAUUGCCAGUCAAGCCUAAUUGAACUCAGCAAACUUCUACAAAAUCUAGAAAUCCUACAGAGGACACAGUCGGCUCCGAACUUCACCGAUAUGCAGGCUAAUUGUGUAGAUAUUGCAAAGAAAGACAAGCGUGCCAGCAGAAGAUGGAGAACAAAAAGUGUCAGCAAAGAUGGAAAAAUGCAGCUUCAGGUUCCUUCUUGCGCUACUUUGUCCCCAGUUCGUUUGCACGCUUCAAAUCCCAACCUAUCUGCUGAAAAUGAGGAAAACCCACCACAACCGAGUCCACCUGCUGAUUCUCCUGACUCCAGUGCGGAUUAUACAAAACUUCAAGAGGAGUUUUGUCACAUUGCACAAAAAGUUCAUUCACUGUCUCUUAAAGGCUGCUUCAACACCGUAGCGAUAGAGAGGGAAAAACUGAAGCAAUUGUUGUCAGAGCAAGAACAUCCAGGCCACAAUGCUCAACUCCUCAGCCUCAGGAGAACCCUUUCCCAGGCCUUGAACCAGAAUGCUGAGCUAAGGAGCCGUCUGAAUAGAAUUCAUUCCGAAUCUAUCCUCUCUGAUCAGGUUGUCAGUGUAAACAUUAUCACGAGCCCAGAUGAGCCUAAUGACAAGAUUCAUGUCAAUAUCCCACUGUCCCAGCAAGUCUCUAAUGAGAGCAGGCUCUCCAUGUCGGAAUCGGUGUCGGAAUUUUUUGAUGCUCAAGAAGUGCUUUUGUCAGCAAGCUCUUCAGAAAACGAGGGAUCGGAUGAUGAAUCAUAUGUUAGUGAUGUCAGUGACAAUAUUUCAGAGGACAAUGCCAGUGUGGCAGACACUAUUUCUCGACAAGUACCUAACGGCGAACUCAUCGGAGGCGCAUUUAGAAAUGGCAGACGCACGUCUCUGCCUGCACCUUCACCUGACACCAGCAGUAUCAAUCUGUGGAACAUCUUGAGGAAUAACAUCGGCAAAGACUUGUCCAAAGUCUCCAUGCCUGUGGAGCUGAAUGAACCCCUCAAUACUCUGCAACAUCUUUGCGAAGAAUUGGAAUACUCUGAAUUGUUGGACAAGGCUGCUGAAACAGAUGACCCAUACGACCGGAUGGUUCUGCUUGCUGCGUUUGCAGUGUCAGGAUACGCUUCUACAUAUUACAGAGCUACGUUUAAGCCUUUUAACCCAGUGCUUGGGGAGACGUAUGAAUGUAUUAGGGAAGACAAGGGAUUCAGGUUUUUUUCAGAGCAGGUCAGCCACCAUCCACCGAUUUCUGCCUGUCACUGCGAAUCCAAGAAAUUUAUUUUUUGGCAAGAUAUCAGAUGGAAGAACAAAUUUUGGGGAAAAUCCAUGGAAAUACUUCCAGUAGGAAGAGUGAAUGUCACACUUCCUAAAUACGGCGACCAAUUUGAAUGGAAUAAAGUCACCACCUGUAUACACAAUAUCCUUAGUGGGAGGCGCUGGAUAGAACACUAUGGAGAAAUCGCCAUCAGAAACACGAAGAACAAUGCAUGCAUUUGUAAACUGAGCUUCAUUAAGGGAACAUACUGGAGUUCAAAUGUAAAUGAGGUUCAAGGGUUUGUGAUGGAUCAGGAAGGAAAGGUGGUCCGACGGCUGUUUGGCAAGUGGCAUGAGGGACUUUACUGUGGAGUUGCACCUUCAGCCAAGUGCAUAUGGAGACCAGGUUCCAUGCCAACAGAUUACGAGAUGUAUUAUGGUUUCACAAGGUUUGCAAUUGAGCUGAAUGAAUUGGAUCCAGUCUUGAAGGAACUCCUCCCACCAACAGAUGCCAGAUUUAGACCUGAUCAGAGAUACUUGGAAGAAGGAACCACUGAAAGUGCAGCAUCUGAGAAGCGUAGAAUAGAGGAAUUACAGCGAGAGCGGAAGAGAUGUAUGGAAGAAAAUAAUAUUAUUCACCAGCCACGAUUUUUCAAGAAAGUAUCUGAGGGGAACCAAAGAGAAUCAUGGGUGAGCAACGGAAACUACUGGGAACUACGAAAGGAUCCUGGAUUCAGUAAAUUAGAAAGUUCAACACUCUGGUAA